CUGCAAGCUCAUUGGAGCUCUCUCUCUCUCUCUCUCUCUCUCUCUCUUUCUCUCUCUCCUCCUCCUCCUCCUCCUUAAUUGGAACUAUGACAUUUAUCAUGAGCUCCAUUAUUGCCGGCGGGGCUGCAAUAAUUCUGAUCAUCAUGUGGGCAUGGAGGCUAGUGAAUUGGGUGUGGGUGAGGCCAAAGAGGCUAGAGAGGUUGCUGAGGGAUCAAGGUCUCAAUGGAAAUCCUUACCGGCUACUGUUUGGAGACACCAAAGAGUUGAGAAGCAUGGUCCAACAAGCCUAUUCCACCCCUAUCAGCUUGUCCGACCACCACCCUAGACGCGUCCUGCCGUUUUAUCAUCAUAUCAUCACCAAGUAUGGUAAAAAUUCUUUUACAUGGGUUGGCCCAAUCCCUAGAGUGAACAUCAUGGAUCCUGAACUAAUCAAAUACAUCUUGGUUAAGAAUGAAAUUUUCAAGAAGCCACAACCAAACCCUCUUGCCAAGCUCCUAGUGACAGGCAUUGCUAGCUAUGAGGAUGAGAAAUGGGCUAAGCAUAGGAAGAUUAUCACCCCGGCUUUCCAUUUGGAGAAACUCAAGAAUAUGUUUCCUGCAAUGUAUUUGAGUUGCAUGGAGAUGAUAAGCAAAUGGGAAAUGCUACUAUCAAAUAAGAGUUCAUGCGAGCUAGAUGUGCAACCUUAUCUUGAAGACUUAACCAGCAAUGUGAUUUCUCGCACUGCAUUUGGAUCUAGUUAUGAAGAUGGUAGAAAGAUUUUCCAACUCCAAAAAGAACAAGCUGAUCUUACUCGCCAUGUUCUACAAUCAGUUUACUUGCCUGGAUGGAGGUUUGUACCAACAAGAUUAAACAAAAGAAUGAAAGAAGUCAACGAUGAGCUACUCGCAAUUAUGAGAGGCAUAAUUAAGAAAAGAGAAAUAGCAAUAAGGGUAGGAGAAGCUGGUGAUGAUGACUUGUUGAACUUGCUUUUGAAAUCCAAUAUGAAAGAGAUUCAAGAGCACGGGAACAACAAAGAUGUAGGGAUGACUCUUGAAGAGGUGAUUGAGGAUUGCAAGGUGUUUUACUUUGCUGGGCAGGAAAGCACCUCCAAUUUGCUGCUAUGGACCAUGGUUUUGCUAAGCAUUCACCCCAAAUGGCAGGUGAGUGCAAGAGAAGAGGUUCAAAGAGUUUUUAAGAACAACGAGCCAGACUUCAAUGGGAUAAACCACCUCAAAAUUGUGACUAUGAUUCUCUACGAGGUUAUGAGACUAUAUCCACCUUCAGUUGUAAUGACUCGUAUCAUUUACAAGGAGACGAAGGUGGGAGAAAUGACAUUUCCAGCUGGAGUGCAAUUUUUAUUGCCAAUAUUGUUGGUCCAUAACGAUGAAGAAAUAUGGGGUGAAGAUGCAAAGGAGUUCAAACCAGAGAGGUUUUCUGAGGGAUUAACAAAGGCAACAAAUAAUGGACUCUCCUUCUUCCCUUUUAGCUGGGGUCCUCGCAUAUGCAUUGGCAUGAACUUUGCAAUGAUUGAGGUGAAAAUGGCUUUGUCCAUGAUUCUGCAUCGCUUCUCAUUUGAGCUUUCUCCAUCAUACACUCAUGCACCUACUUACAUUGCAACGCUUCGAGCCCAACACGGUGCUCACAUCACCUUGCGCGGGAUCUAGGGUUUGUGUGUUUGUUUCCCAAUAAUGUAUAAUGCUUUAUCUUGAGCUAAAUUAUCUAAUUUUAUUUUUUUU